UUUUGCUGUAAUUGUUACGACAAAAUGUCAAAGGAUUCACCUUGCGAAUCCUUCGUAAAUUAUUCACUACUUCUCUAACAUAAACAAUAUCGUUCACUAAUCGUCGAAAUAUAACUCGUGCUUCGGAUAUCCGCGGGUUCCCAGGGCGAAGUGUGAAGUGUACAAGCGCCGAUAAGAAAACCAAAUGACUAUUUUUUCCUGUUGACUAUGGAAACACGAUAAUUGCGUGAAUUGAACAAUUGGAAUGUGUUUUUCCGGUUCUUUAUUUUUCUCUCGUCCAUCGUGCAAUUGGUGAUUGAUUAAUAGAGCUGCGGGAAAACCUGGUGAAGCCAGAGAGCCUCGAUGUUUAUAAUUUCCGAAGAAACAGUCGGCGAAGAGACUUAUACCCAGUGUAUCGCGAUAAGGACCGCCAGUGUCUCCAUUGCGGCUGAUACGACUGGUUGUGUUGAGUGGUUUCCUGAAGCACCGUUGAGUUUUCGAGAAACAUUCAUGCAUUAUUAAAUACUUCAAUUGAAUCGAGAGUAAUUGAUGUGAAGAGGAAACACUGCUGCAGGAUGGAUGUUAAAAGAGCUUCACACUCGAAUGAGAAUGAAUUCAAUGACGUCGAGUCGAAUUCAAGUACAACGAGGUGGAGGAAUCUUCUUGCUUUCUGGAUUCUAGGACUCUGCAAUAACUAUGGAUAUGUAGUGGUACUCACCGCGGCACACGAUAUUCUGGCCUCAAGAUUCGGGACAAAUGAUCAUGAUAAAACUAAUAGCUCGAUAACAAAUGCAACCACAGACUCCCGGGGAUGCAAUGCAGUAUCAACAGGAGCUAUUCUGCUGGCGGACAUAGUUCCCUGUCUCCUAGUAAAAUUAAUGGUACCAUUCCUACCGUUUUUCGUGCAUGUCCGCCUGACGACUUGUGUCCUGUGUUCAAUAGCUGGAUUUCUCGCUGUUUCUCUUGGUGAAACACAGUGGAUCACUAUUUUUGGGGUCGUCUUGACGUCUGUUUCCUCGGGUCUUGGGGAGGUCUCGAUUGUUAGUUACAGUCACAAGUUUGGAAAAGAAAGUAUAGCAUCUUGGUCAUCUGGUACUGGUGGAGCUGGAAUCAUAGGUGCUUUCUCUUACGCUGGAUUAACCAUGAUCAUGUCUUCAGAAACUGCGUUACUAGCAAUGCUCAUUAUUCCCGUGAUUCAAGCCAUAGCCUUUUGGCUCCUCAUGGUGCAUCCAGCGGAGCAACCAAUCGUCAAAUAUGGCAUUGACAGUCAAGAGGAGAUCGUGAAAAUGCCCAAGAAGACUAUCCCGGAAAAGUUUCAACUCCUGCCGAAACUACUAGUGUACCUGCUACCCCUAGGUCUCGUCUAUUUCUUCGAGUAUUUCAUUAAUAUGGGUUUGUAUGAACUCAUUCAAUUUGAUGGAAUUUGGUUGAAUCACUCCGAGCAGUACAGGUGGCUGCAGGUGGAUUAUCAAAUUGGGGUUUUCAUUUCGAGAUCUUCAGCUACUUUUAUUACGUUCAAAAAAGUUUGGGUGAUGGCAAUUCUUCAGGGUUUGAAUGUGAUCUUAUUCUCUACCGAAGCAAUCUUCUUUUACAUUCCGAAUAUUUGGAUAGUUUUCGUAGUGACCUUCUGGGAGGGACUUCUAGGUGGGGGAGCCUAUGUUAAUACCUUCUACAGUAUGCUCCAGACGAUACCUGCUGAGGACCUGAAAGAUUCAUUAGGAAUAGUCACCAUGGCCGACUCACUCGGAAUAACAUUAGCAGGAUGGACAGCAAUGGAGGCUCAUGCAGCCAUCUGCAAGCUGCCACGACCCAUCCGGUGAUGUUCAUCACUACGAAUCGUCGAUUUCGUAUUUCGACUGAUGACCUGAAGUCCUAGAGAAUCGUAUUACGCUUAAAAAACCUCAUCCUCCAUGUGUGGAGGAUUUUUUUGAGUAUUAAAAAUAUUUUAUUAAGGAUAAUUGAUGUUACACGCGUGAGGAUGAAUGGUUUCAGAAAGUGGAUGCCUUAGCUGCAAAGUUAUGCCUAUUUUUGAUAGUCACGCUCGGCGAUUCCUAUAGGAAGCAACGGGAUGACAUAUUCCAGGUGUAAUUUUCUUCAAUUUCAUGUACACUAAGAACAGAUUGUGACGAUAAUUUUGUCAUUCGGUCAAUGACUGCUUGUGUUAUCAUGGCUAGAUAAGUUUUUGUCAGCGCCGUUUAUUAUGGUUAUACAAAUAAUAAAUAUGUUCGUACAUGA